AUGCCUCUCGACACAUCCACAACAUAUCCCCUCACCAAGCUUCGCCUUGAUGGCCGUCGCUGGAAUGAGCUUCGACUGCUCCAGGCCCAGAUCUCCACGAACCCCGCCAGUUCGGGCUCAUCCUACUUGGCCAUGGGCAACACCGCGAUCCUGUGCUCCGUCCACGGUCCCGCAGAAGGACGUCGCGGUGAUGCCACGGGUGGUGCUGCUGGAUCAGCAGGUGCGGUAGUAGAGGUGGAUGUCAACGUUGCAGGAUUUGCUGGGGUGGAUCGCAAGCGCAGAGCCGGCGGAAGUGAUAAACAAUCUUCGCGCGUCGCAACGAUACUACGCUCUGCUUUCCAGUCGCAUCUCCAUACCCACCUCUACCCUCACAGUACGAUCAGCAUCCACGUCUCAGUUUUGUCGUCAGACGGAUCGCUUCUCGCGGCGGCAGUCAAUGCCUGUACGCUGGCGCUUGUGGAUGCCGGUAUUCCUAUGCCAGGACUCCUCUGUGGGUGUACUGCGUCCACACCGCGGGACCCGAAUAAUGACACAUUGGAUCCGCUGCUGGACUUGUCUCUGCCAGAGGAGCAGGAGCUUCCGUUCCUUACGGUGGGGACUACGACGGCUAUGAAGGUAGCAAUGCUGACGAUGGACUCCAAGGUGCAUUGCACAUACGUUGAAACAAUGCUGGCGGUGGGAAUUGACGGGUGCAAGCAGAUUCGGGAGAUCUUGGAAGGCGUGAUUAAGAAGUCGGCACGCCGGUGA